AUGUCUAUACGAACCAGUGGUGAUCAAAGAAAAAAUGGAGUAGUUGAUUCCAAUUAUGAAGAGUCGGGGGGGAUCCACCCGAUCUCCCAGGUCAAGUCAUUAGGUGGGAUAUCAAUCUCACCUGAAUUGUUUGAGAAGCUAUACUUGACCCCCAAAACUAAUAAUGUUGGCGACCUUCGACAGCGCUUUGCAAAUCCAACUCCAUUGGGCUUGAUGGGAUUCGUUAUUUCAUCGUUCACAUUUUCAGCAAUUUUGAUGGGCUGGGGAGGAGCUACCACAUUAGUUGGCGUCGCGGGCAUCUUUUACUUCACCGGUCCGAUACUUCUUCUGUUCGCCAUGAUCUGUGAAUGGAUUAUGGGCAAUUUCUUUUCCAUGAUGGUCAUGGGAAUGUUUGCCGUCUUCUGGCUAUCAUUCGGUGUCCUACAGACGCCUGCGUGGGGAAUAGCAGCUUCAUACUCAGCAACCGGGAACGCGGCUGAAGGAGCAGCAUCGGUUGGGUAUAAUGCCGCCGUUGCUCUCUAUCUGAUGGUAUGGGGCUUUUGGCUGUUCACCAUAUUCCUCUUCACAUUGAAAACGAAUACUGUCUUUGCGCUCAUUUUCCUGCUUGCAUUCACAAGCAGCUUUAUAAUUGGAGGAGCCUAUUGGAAAGUCAGCACUGGUGACUUUGACAUGGCACUGAAAUUGCAGAAGGCUGGCGGGGCUACCUUCUUCGUCGUUGCCCUCCUUGGGUAUUACAUCACGGUUGUCAUGAUGGCUGCUGAGAUGCGGAUAACCCUGAAACUCCCGGUUGGGGAUCUCUCACACUUUUGGCCAAAAUCCGAUAUUGAGUUGGCGGAGAUGGAGAAAAGAGAUUAG